CUGCAUGUUUAUAGACUGUAUUCGGUUCAAAUCCACGCUACUGUGAGCGCGCGCCCUAUCGGUGGUCUCGUGACCAGGCAGAGAUUCACUGCGCCUGCGUCCGUACAGCAAGCGUUGUCAGGGAGAAAGCGGCCAGCACAAGGGGAGAAAUAAACAGCGACAAACGCCAGACAGGGCCGGGCCACUGACACGGAUACACAGACAAGCACACAAUGAAACCUUUUUAAAUAAUUUUCCAAUUGUUGCUAUUUCAAUCGUGGUCUUUAUUUUUAGUUUUUAUUUUUUUAAGUUUUUUUUAAAUUAACGCAACAUAAAAUACGGAGAAUCUUCACUGCCUUGUUCUUUAAAAGGUUGUUUUGGGAUGGUUCAGGAUUACUCAGACAUUCUUCCUGAAUAAGCAUCAUCUUCAACCUGGCUGUAAUGCGUGACCUCGUCAUAGAGUCUAAACCAGAUCUGAACAUAAAGUGCUUGGCAAAGUCUUUAUCACUGGAAUGGAAAGGAAAGGCAACAAAAAGACACUGGAGCUAACUCUGUGAUCAGCAUGAGUGUCCGUGAGCAGUGCUGGAGUGAUGAGGAAUCAGAUGGGGAAAUUGACUGUGAAAACAUAAUUUAUGGAGCACAGGGUAAUUAUGCUGCUGAUCUCUAUUGCCACCCGCAAUUGGACACAGAUGUUGUAGCUGUGAAGGAUAUCUACUCUGACAGUGCUGUUGGUGUAAGGGAGUAUGAAACAAUUGAUGAUGUGGACAUCGACUUGCACAUCAAUAUCAGCUUUUUAGAUGAAGAGGUGGCCACAGCAUGGAAAGUCAACAGAACAGAACCUAUUAUUCUGCGCCUUCGAUUUUCUUUGUCUCAAUACCUUGAUGGACCAGCGCCGACAGUGGAAGUGUUUCAGCCUUCCUGUAAAGAUAGCUUCAGUGUUGGCAUACAGCUCAAAAGAAUUCUUAGUACAUUCAUAUCAAAUCAGUGGAAACACCUCAGCAAUGAAUUUCUGAGAACUCAGCAGAAGAAGAGGCAUAGCUGGUUCAAAGCUGGAGGAACGAUCAAGAAAUUCCGUGCUGGCCUCAGCAUCUUUACACCAAUAGCCAAGUGUCCCAAUGUACCCCUGAUCCAGGGUCCUGGAGAGAAGGGGAGGACAUCGGGGCCUGAGCCGAGAGUAAGCCGCCUUAUGAGCCGCUCAGUCUCCUGUACCAUGAAGAUGCCAAAAGGAGACUUACUCACAUACGCACCCAACGGACAGAAUGUGGCAGUCCCUGGCUCCAGAUCCACAGUUCAGAUCACCACCAAGCAGCUUAUUGAGCUGUUCUUCUCUUCACAAGCUCUCCUACACUGCAAGAGUAUCCCUACUCUGGAAUACGGCUUUCUUGUACAGAUUAUGAAGUACUCAGAACAGAGAAUUCCCACCCUGAAUGAGUACUGUGUGGUCUGCGAUGAGCAGCAUGUCUUUCAGAAUGGCUCCAUGCUCAAGCCAGCAGUGUGUACAAGAGAGCUGUGUGUCUUCUCCUUCUACACACUGGGUGUUAUGUCAGGGGCUGUAGAAGAUGUGGCAACAGGAGCCGAGGUGGUUGACCUGCUGGUAGCAAUGUGCAGAGCUGCCCUGGAGUCAUCUCGUAAAAGCAUUAUAUUUGAUCCUUAUCCUUCAGUGGUUGACCCUUUCGAUCCCAAGGCUUUGGCCUUUAACCCUAAGAAAAGAAGCUAUGAUAGGCUGCAAAAAGCACUGGACAGCAUCAUGUCGAUACGAGAAAUAACACAAGGCUCAUAUGUAGAGAUAAAGAAACAGAUGGACAAAUUGGAUCCACUAGCACAUCCUCUGUUACAGUGGAUUAUAUCUAGCAAUCGAUCUCAUAUUGUCAAGCUGCCUUUAUGUAGGCAACUCAAGUUCAUGCACACCAUCCACCAGUUUCUGUUGCUCAGUAGCCCUCCAGCCAAAGAGGCUCGAUUCCGCACAGCUAAGAAACUAUAUGGCAGCACUUUUGCCUUUCAUGGCUCCCAUAUAGAAAACUGGCACUCUAUUCUACGAAAUGGACUUGUUAAUGCCUCCUAUACAAAGCUACAGCUGCAUGGGGCAGCCUAUGGGAAGGGCAUCUACCUCAGUCCCAUCUCCAGCAUAUCUUUCGGAUACUCAGGGAUGGGUAAAGGACAGCACCACAUGCCCACUAAAGAGGAGCUAGUGCAUCAUUAUAACAGAGUCAAAACCAUCUCACAGAGUCUCCCAGUGCAGUCAAGGUUUCUUCAGAGUCGGAAUCUUAACUGUGUCGCUCUUUGUGAGGUAAUAACAUCCAAAGACCUCCAGAAACAUGGGAAUAUUUGGGUGUGCCCAGUGCCUGACCACGUCUGCACACGUUUCUUUUUUGUGUAUGAGGAUGGGCAGGUGGGGGAUGCCAACAUUAACACACAGGAAGCUCAAAUUCAGAGAGAGAUCUUGAGGGUGAUUGGGACACAGUCGAGUUGAAUUUCAAGUUUUGACUCUUAAAGAGACUGAAGAAAGACAGUAUCAACCCUG